UAAGUAUUCUAAGUAACUAGCAAUAUAAGACAUUUUAGAGCAUCAAAUUUGAACAAAUAGUGAUCCUCAUGAGUGUUAAAACUGUUUGGAUUCCUGUCUAAAUAUUUAUUGAGGAUCUAUAAAGUGUUAUAUAAUGAAUAACCUGAAUAAACCCCUUAUAAAUCCUCUGUACAGCUACCUUUAUGUUUGAGGAAGAUUAUAUGACAGAACUAUUAUAAAGACUGUCACAUGUUUUGUAAUUAAAUCAGUCAAAUCUUAUCUUCUCAACAGUUUAAUCAACCACAAAUAAACACUAAAUCAUGUGUGUGUUGACUGAAGGAAACUGGACUCAGCUGUUUUUAAUGAUUCAUUAGACCCCAGCCAACCUUUGACCUCAUAUUUGCUUGCAGUGCAUGCUGGGUAAGUGGCUGUGAUGUGGGUGCAGGUACAAUAGCAGCACAACUGGUCAGAUAAGUUUUUUUGGAACCCGUAUGAACUUGCAUCAGCGAGGAGUGUUCACAUAGAGACCUGUCCACACCUGUCCAUCAGACCAUGGCAGCAGCAGAGUCCAGCCCUUUAACCACUCACGUUCUGAACACCGGCGAUGGCGUCCCGGCUGCAAGGAUGGCUCUGAGUCUGCAUCGCCUCGACACCAACACAAUGAUCUGGAACAUGUUGAAUGUUGGGACUACAGAUCAGGAUGGCCGCUGCCCAGGACUCAUCAGCCGAGACGCCUUUACCUCUGGGACUUAUAAGCUGCGGUUUGAGACCGGUCAGUACUGGAAGAGUCUGGGUCAGACCUCCUUCUACCCCUAUGCAGAGGUUGUGUUCACUAUCAGCGACCCCCAGCAGAGGUUUCAUAUCCCUCUGAUCAUGAGUCGGUUUUCCUACAGCACCUACAGAGGAAGCUGAGCACCGCAGCUUCAGCAACACAUGGAAAAUAUUCACAGAGACAUGUUUCUACUGAUUUUAUGACUGCAUAAGGCCACACUUUGGUCUCAGUUCAGAUGUUGUAUUGUCUGUCUUUUAGCUCUGACUUUUGCUAAGAUUACUUACAGUGUUAUAUCCAUUUGUUUCCUGUGCAGAAUAUAAAGUGCAGCUUAAUUACUACUGUUACAAUAUCAUCAUGUACACAAGACUUCAUGAAAAAGAUCCAGUGAAGUUAUUUGACCUAAAAAUGACCUAUUAAAUGGAAAAAUACAUUUAUAA